AGAGGAGGAGGAGAGAUGUGUUGCUGCUAAAACCAAAUAGAGUUGAAUGAUUGAACUUUCUUUUUUAGUUUCUGCAGCACUGUAGCUCAAAUCCGCUUCCCACUCAGCCUUAGUCUAAGCACAGGGGGAGCGCAGCCAUCCUAUUCUGUGACUGAUCUGCUGGAGAAGAUGUGGCUGAAGGAUCAAGGCUGGUCUAUGUCCCUUUCCCUGUGGAUUAUCUUGCUUUGGGUCAGCUUUCACACAAGCAACUCAUCAGCAGCUGCUAUUGCUGCUGCUGCUUCUCGGAAACAAGACGAAUCCUUCUCCAUGCUCAGUAUUUACAGAGCUAGAUGCACGUCCAGGUGCCUGAGCCUGCACAUCACUCGUAUCUCUGCCUUCUUCAAGCACUUCCAGAACAAUGGCUCUCUAAUUUGGUGUCAGAAUCACAAGCAGUGUUCGAAGUGCUUGGAGCCAUGCAAAGAAACCUGGGAUUUGCGAAAAAAUAACUGUCAAAAUCUCUGUGAGCCUCUGUUUCCCAAGAAGCACCAUGAAUGUUUAACCAGCUGUGAGUUUCUCAAGUCUGUCUUGUCAGUGAAGCAAGGAGACUGCCCAGCUCCAGAAAAAGCCAGUGGAUUUGCCGCAGCUUGUGUUGAAAGUUGUGAUGCAGAUAAUGAGUGCUCUGGGGUGAAGAAGUGUUGUUCCAAUGGAUGUGGUCAUACAUGCCAAGUACCUAAAAACCUAUACAAAGGUGUCCCUUUGAAGCCAAGAAAAGAAUUGACAUUCAAUGAGCCACUUCCUGGAAAUCUUGAUAUUAGAUGGUCUUCAAAAUUCAACAUUUCUGUGGAGCCAGUGAUCUAUGUAAUGCAGAGGAGAUGGAAUUAUGGGAUUCACCCAAGUGAAGAUGAUGCCAGUAGUUGGCAAACAAUAGCACAGACUACAGAUGAAAGAGUUCAGUUGUCAGAUGUCCGAUCGAGCAAGUGGUACCAGUUCAGAGUUGCUGCUGUUAAUGUGCAUGGGACGAGAGGCUUCACAGCGCCAAGUAAACAUUUUCGGUCAUCAAAAGAUCCUUCUGCUCCGCCAGCACCAACUAAUCUAAAACUCGCAAACACCUCUACAAUCAGUGAUGGAACUGUGACAGCUAAGAUCAUAUGGGAUCUACCAGAGGAGCCUGAUAUUCCUGUGCAUCAUUAUAAAGUCUUCUGGAGCUGGACUUCCAACACCAAAUCUGUUGUUCCAGCUAAGAAGAAGCGGAGGAAGACCACUGAAGGGUCUCAAAACUAUGUGAUUUUGGAAGGACUUCAACCAAACAGCAACUAUUUUGUGGAGAUACAAGCAAUUACAUACUGGGGACAAGUGCGUCUGAAAAGUGCUAAAGUCUCUCUAUACUUUUCUUCAGGCACCUCAAGCAAGGAUCAGGUGUCAAAAGUCAGUAAAAUCAAGACUGAAACUCUUGUGCCUCCACAAAGGAAGAGAACUGCUCGUAUGCUUGAAAUUGGUGCACCGUUCUACCAGGAUAACCAGCUUCAAGUCAAAGUCUACUGGAAAAAAGCAGAAGAUAAUAUACUGGGGCUGUACCAUGUUCAGUGGCUUCCUGAGUCUUGCAUCAAUAAUGAGACCAGAUGGCCAGAGAAAGCAGUAACCCAAGAUCACCAUAUAAUACUGUCAUCAUUGAUGUUCUCCUGCAAGUACAAAGUUACUAUCCACCCAGCAAGAUCUAAAGGACACUUAAAGGCUGAGAGCAUUUUCUUCACAACUCCAUCAUGUUCAGCCCUUAAAGGGAAAAACCACAAAUAUAUACAUUGCCCAAACGAUGGAGCUCAAGUGGUACCCAAAGUGUUGACGAAGCCAGAAAAUCUGUCAGCUACUUUUAAUGUUCUCGAUGGUAACAUCACUGGUUAUUUCUCCUGGAAACUUUCCAAAUUGAAUCUCCACCAGCCUAUGACUGGCUUUCAAGUUACAUGGGCCGAGGUUACAACAGAGAGUAGGCAGAACAGCUUGCCAAACAGCAUCAUUUCACAGUCCCAAAUAUUGCCAGCGGAUCAUUAUAUUUUAACAGUACACAAUCUUAGACCAGCAAUGCUUUACAGAUUGGAAGUUCAAGUACUGACAACAGCAGGUGAAGGACCUGCAACAAUAAAAACUUUUCGAACACCAGAUCUGCUUCCUAAAUUACCUCAUCGGCCUCAUCUUAAGCAGCACCAUUCUCACCACUUCAAGCCAUCUCCAGAAAAAAUCUAAAGAUCCAUUUCAUAUCCCGAUUUAUUCAAUUAAAAGGGACUUUGCAUGCAAGAAGUUCCAUGGAAGAGCAAUGCUUUUUCUCCCUAAAGCAUUUGACCUCUGGGUAAGAGGAGGAAUUGGACCCUCUUGAAUGACUCUUCAAGUCCCAUUAUGCAAUGUGUUGCACCUCUUUCCCGCAUUUUGAAACAAAUAUUCAAGCUACCACUUGUAUUUUCUUUUUCCUCAUAUUUGACAUAGAAAGUACAGUAUGAUGCUUUCCUGUACUUUUCUUCUUUUAACUUGACCGUUUGAGUGACAGUGGGAUAGACAACACAUUAUGGAGUUUAUGUGUAUAUGGCUAUUCUAGAGCAAAGUUCUAGAAGUGGGGCAAAUAGCAGGAGCAUUCUAAUGGUUUCCAUGGUGAUAGCUCCAUUUCUUUCAGCACUUUGCCUCACAAUUUCUUUUUUUUAGUUAAUCUUAAUGUUUGUUUCAGUGUUUACCCUUGUGACAUUCAAAGAAUGAAUCUGCCUGUGAAUACUAUAUAUUGUAAAUAUAGCAUAUUAUAGAUAUAGAAGAAACUAUUUAGGAUUGGAAUGGGAGGCUAAAAAAAGCAAUAAUCUAAAUGAAUGUCAUGCAAAAUAUAUCAAUUGAAAAACAAAAUAAGUAUUACUAUACUGUCAAGCAUUCCAUUGACUCAAUACAUUAGCAACAAACACAAAUAUUAAACUAAGUUUUAUAGUCAUGGACUCUUAAAAAGAAAUUUGCAGUUUGAAGAAUGCAACACAAAAUACAAUAGUUUUAAGAAAUCACUGA